AUAAGCACCAAUGUGUGAACCUGAAUUUGCACUUACAAAGAGUUUAGUUCAACUUAAGUUCCCUAAGUUGCUUGUGCCAAUUCAUGGCAUAACUGCAAUUCAUAGGCAUUUCUGGUUUUAUAGAUCCAGUAGCGCCCAGAUUGCUUAGGCAUUGCUUUGAUUUGGUGUAAAAAAGAGUAGAAUUAGCUUUGAUUUGGUGUAGAAUUUGUUCACCAUGGGUAGCAGGGGAAAUGUUUUAGCAUUGCUUGUUUUGUUAGGAGGAAUGUUGUGCAUUCAUGUCGAAGGCAGCAAAUCCUUUGGAAUUUUCGAAAGUCUGACUCGAGCUAUGGUGGGACAGCCUUCAGUGGCAGAACCUGCACCAAAACCCCACGUGGAAGACCCUGAAAUUGUUGUAAAAAUGGUGGAAAGGAGCAUAAACAGUUCAAGGAGGCAACUGGGUUUUCUGUCGUGUGGAACUGGAAACCCCAUUGAUGACUGCUGGAGGUGUGAUCCCAACUGGGAAAGCAACAGGCAGAGAUUGGCUGACUGUACAAUCGGAUUUGGCAGAAACGCCAUUGGAGGAAAAGGCGGAAGAUUAUAUGUGGUUACAGAUCCCGGUGACUCCGACGCAGUCAAUCCUCGGCCCGGCACUCUACGCCACGCUGUUAUUCAAACAGAGCCCCUGUGGAUCAUAUUCCAAAAAGACAUGACCAUCCAACUCAAGGAAGAGCUCAUCAUGAACAGUCACAAGACAAUUGAUGGCAGAGGUGCAAACGUCCACAUUGCAAAUGGCCCCUGCAUUACAAUUCAGUAUGUGACCAAUAUCAUCAUACAUGGCAUUCAUAUCCACGACUGUAAGCCUGCGGGAAAUGCUAUGGUGAGGGAUUCUCCUAGUCAUUAUGGAUACAGAACCAUCAGUGAUGGCGAUGGGAUUUCUAUAUUUGGAGGGAGUCAUAUUUGGGUCGACCAUUGCUCAUUUUCCAGCUGCACAGACGGACUUAUCGACGCCAUUAAAGGCUCCACUGCUAUAACAAUCUCCAACAAUUUUAUGACUCGCCAUGAUAAGGUGAUGCUUCUGGGCCACAGCGACGGGUAUACCCCAGAUAAAAAUAUGCAAGUAACAAUAGCAUUCAAUCAUUUUGGAGAAGGGCUUGUUCAACGAAUGCCCAGAUGCCGACUUGGGUAUUUUCAUGUGGUGAACAACGAUUACACCCACUGGGAAAUGUACGCUAUUGGGGGAAGCGCGAACCCCACCAUUAACAGUCAAGGCAACAGAUUCAUUGCCCCUGCCGACAGAUUCUGCAAGGAGGUGACCAAGCACGAAGAUGCAGCUCAGAGUGAAUGGCAGCACUGGAAUUGGAGAUCAGAAGGGGAUCUCAUGUUAAAUGGAGCAUUUUUCAAAGCGUCUGGUGCGGAAGCAUCCUCAAACUAUGCAAAAGCUUCUAGUCUGGCGGCAAAACCCUCGUCUCUUGUUGAUUCUCUCACUGGAUCUGCAGGUGUUCUUGCCUGUAGAAAAGGUUCCCGCUGCUGACAAUACGGAGACCCACUUUAAUCAGUCACUAUUUCAUAUGUUGUACUAUAGCAGUAACUUGAAGCUUCUUCUUUACUCUUCAACCUCGGCCUGAAGAAUUUACAGUGGUGGAGGCGAAUCCUUAGCGGGUGUGGAAUCUUGUUUAAUGUUAAUUAUUAAUCAUGCCGCUUUUAUAAGGCUCUUAUUCUCAUUACAGUUAACUAUGUUUCUAUUUCCUUCGGUUGAGGGAUAUGUAUAUUCUCGAAGUUAGUAACCUAUGAUUUUAAAUAAUAAUCUAAUAAAAAUAGAUUUGAGAAAAGAAAUGAUAUUGUUGACAUA